AAUGCUUCUUUUAUUUAUUUAAUGUAACCUUUCUACCUUAAACUAUUGUUUCUUUUCUUCUUUAUAUUAUUCAAGAGCAAUUAAACAAAGUAGCAUGUAUUUAUAUGCUUCCUCCAAAAAACCCACAUUGUUAAAAGUCUUCAACAAUACUACUAUAAGAUCAUAUUUAACAUAUCCUAGCCUCUUCUUCUCGCCUCUUGUUUGAAUUUAAAACUAAUGGCUGAAGAAACACAGAAAAUUUUCUUGGGUCUUGCUUUACAGAAGAUACAACAUGAUCAAGAUCAUCAUUGGGUUGCAGCAGUGGAAGAUGGUGACAAUGUUUGUGAAUCAACAUCAUCAGGUGAAUACUCCAUGGGAGAAGAUUCAAUAAAUUCAAUUGUAUCUCGUUCUUCUUGUUGUUCAACAGAUCUAGAAGAAGAUGCAUCCUCUUCAGCAUCAUCUUCAGCAUCAACAUUGGUAUCAUCACAUGCAAAUGAUGGACCCCUAUAUGAAUUAUCAGAACUCAUGGCCCAACUUCCCAUCAAGAGAGGGCUUUCAAAGUUUUAUAAAGGGAAGUCUCAAUCUUACACAUCUCUAGCAAGUGUAAAGAGCAUAGAAGAUCUUGCAAAGAAAGUAAGACCAUAUAACAGUAGAUCUAAACUGAAGUCAUGCAAGAGCUAUGCUGUUUUAGAUGCCCAUAAAUCAUUUAGUCCCAAGGCUACUAUAUCAAAGAAGGCUUCAAGAGGAUCUUUUUUGUCUUCCUCAGGUAAGAGGGGUUGUUCUUUAGUGGCAGACUUUUAGGCCUGUCUUAGCUUCCACUUUCCAUGUACAAAUCACACCUUUUGAUGGUGUUGAGCAAGAACCAUAUUCCACAACUUGCUAUAUGGUUUAUAUAUUGCAAGCUGAUCCUUUUGUUUUCACUACAAGAAAUGAUUUACACGAAAUUUGGUGCA